AUGUCCCAGCCGAACGGGUUGCCUGACCCGAGUCAGAACCCUCACCCACCGUCCAUGCCCGAAGACAAUCCUACCUUUUCAGACGGAGCCUCGUCGCGAGAUUCCUCACCACUACCACAGCCGUCCAGGAGCCAAUCUCUACAUGUAGGCGCCCACGGACGACCAUCUCUCGCCCCGUCGCGAACCCUCUCGGAUUCGGGACGGAGGGCCUCGCACCAGCACCAUGUCCGUUUCUCGACCGACCUGGAGCGUACGUCUACGGAUGAGGGAAGAGAAGAAGAAAAAAGAGAAGAUGGUGGAAGACAGCGCUCGUGGGACCGACGUCCCGCCUCGCGAGGACUCACCCUUGAUACAACAGGUCUUUCAAUUCCUCAAGCUUCCGCUUCGGGCAGAUCCCCUGGCGCCGACCGCGGUCCAACCUCCUCCCUUUCGCCGCGCUCACCACUCUCCCCGACUUCCCCCCCGAGUCCGGACUCGAUCGGGCGUUCCCGAUCCCGAAAUCGCGGUUAUUCGCUGCGUCGUACGAUCUUCACGAAGAACAUUGGGUCCGAAUUGGGUCCUACGUCGCCAGUAGAGUUAGGACAAAUCGCGAAACCGGAACCGGCGAAAGAGUCGCCGGCCCAGGAUUCGGCGCCGGGUGCGCUCAACCCCAGUGAAAAUGAGAAACAGGAUGUGAUUGUGGCGCAAAGAUCGGCCUCAGAGUCGCUUCCCACGGAUGAUGGAUUGACGACGUAUUAUUCGGACCAGACCGAGUGUCUAAAGGAGAGUAAGAAACUCUCUACAACCAUUUCCUACGAGCGGUGGCUGCAACGGAGAGCAGCCGUUGCUACUCUAAGACUGCGCAUUGAGAGCGUGCUGGAGAGCAUGCGCAAGACUAUUCUUCGAAUUCAUGAUAUCCCACCAAGCAAGGAUGGCCGCCAGAUCGAUCUCAACCCAACCCGAACGGAAGACCUGGUCGAUGAGAGAACAGGCAAGGUAUAUGUGGGCAAUUGGAUCCGCUCGAGUCGUUACAGUUUGUGGAGCUUCUUCCCCCGUCAGCUAUUUGCGCAAUUCACCAAGCUAGCAAACUUUUACUUCUUGGUGGUGGCAAUCCUGCAGAUGAUACCGGGCUUGAGUACCACGGGAACCUUUACCACUUUGGUCCCGCUCUUGAUUUUCGUCGGUAUCUCUAUGGGUAAGGAAGGGUUCGAUGACUGGCGUCGCUACCGCUUGGACAAGGAAGAGAACAACCGCUCUGCGUCGGUACUCCGGCCCGGGGCUGGUCUACUAUCACGGGCCGUCACCGGUGACAGUGCAUCGAUCUCGAGCGGGACUCAGGAUUGGGAUUCCAUUAAAUGGAGCGACAUCAAGGUCGGAGACGUCAUUAGACUGGAACGCGAUCAACCAGUGCCCGCAGACAUGGUUUUAUUACAUGCAAACGGCCCUAAUUGUAUGGCAUACAUUGAAACGAUGGCGCUAGAUGGCGAGACGAAUCUCAAAACCAAGCAACCGUGUCAACCCCUGGCAAAAAUCUGUGGAACUAUCGAAGGCAUCGGCAAUAGCUCGAUCCACUUUGCCGUGGAAGAUCCCAACCUUGAUCUAUACAAGUUCGAGGGAAAUGUGAGAGUUGCCGGUGGAGAGAAGGCCCCCCUGACGAACAACGAGGUCAUGUACCGCGGUAGUAUCCUUCGCAAUACCGAACAAGCAGUCGGAAUGGUGAUCUAUACCGGUGAAGAAUGCAAGAUCCGCAUGAAUGCAAACAAAAAUCCUCGCAUCAAAUCCCCUUCCCUGCAAGCCAAGGUAAACCGUGUGGUGAUGCUAAUUGUGCUUUUGGUCGUGAUUUUGGCUGGUGCCUGUACUAUUGCGUACAAGUACUGGUCUGCGGAUGUCGAGAGUCAUGCCUGGUACCUCGCGGAGGCCAACGUGAGCUACGGUCCCAUUUUCACCUCGUUUUUGAUCAUGUUCAAUACCAUGAUCCCAAUCUCACUUUACGUGAGUAUGGAAAUUGUGAAAGUGGUCCAGGUGCUUAUGUUGAACGGCGAUAUCGAUAUGUACGACCCGGAGUCCGACACUCCAAUUGAAGCCCGAACAUCCACUAUCAACGAGGAAUUAGGACAAGUCAGCUAUAUCUUUUCCGACAAAACCGGUACCUUGACGAACAAUUCCAUGCGGUUCCGUAAGAUGAGUGUUGCGGGGACUGCGUGGUUCCACGACUUUGAUCUCCUGGAAGAGGCUGCUCAAGAAGGCGAUCGGGAGAAGCUCAUUCACAAGAAAAGGAGUAUCAAGGGCAAGAAGCCAGUGAACCGUCAGUCCAACAUCUCAGAAACUCGGAGAUCUCUUACAAGACCUUCGAUGACAAUGUCGUUGAUGGAGGGAGCGCGAAAGGAUCCCGCCUCUGGGCGUCAUAACCGAACUACUGAUAUGCUCAAGUACAUCCAGCGCAAGCCGUAUACUGUGUUUGCGCGGAAAGCGAAGAUGUUCAUUUUGGCUAUGGCCCUCUGCCAUACCUGCAUCCCUGAAGAUGAUGGAUUCGGACACACGACAUUCCAGGCUGCAUCCCCAGACGAGCUUGCAUUGGUUACGGCUGCGCAAGAGCUGGGAUACCUUGUCCAUGAUCGUGAACCGAACACCCUGACGAUUCGAACAUACCCGAAUGGGCCUGGGGAAGCACCCUGCGAUGAGACUUACGAAAUUAUGGACAUUAUUGAAUUUUCGAGUGCUAGAAAGCGCAUGUCAGUCGUGGUCCGGAUGCCUGAUCAACGCAUCUGCCUGUUCUGCAAGGGUGCCGAUAGUGUGUUGAUGCGCCUACUUAAGAAGGCCGCCCUCGCACAGGAGAAGGUGGUGGAGAUUGAGAGACGGGCAAGCAAGCGGAAAGCGGCAGAAGCAAAUCAAGUUAUGAGGCGGAAUAGCGAGUAUCACCGCCGCAGGGAUAGUGGUGGAAUCCGAACCAGCUUCAGUCGCGCCAGCAUGUCACACCGACGUUCUAGUGUUUCCGGAAGACACAUGUCAACCAUCAGAAAUAGCAUCGAUACCUGGCUUCGCGAUCGAGAGACGGAUGGUGGGCUCUUGAACAGACGAGAGAGUGAGGCUGACUACUACAGUCCUCGCCCUUCCGCUCAGAUUGGGCGGCAUUCGACAGCUCUCUCGGAUUCGGGUAGCUCCGUUCACGACGACGACGACGACGACGACGACGAGAUGGUGGAGGAGGCCCUGGUGGUCAACGAAGCCGCUAUCUUUGAGCGUUGCUUCCAGCAUCUGAAUGAUUUCGCUACAGAGGGGUUGCGUACCCUUCUAUAUGCCCACCGUUUUCUGGACGAUGCCACCUACAGGGAAUGGAAAACUGCCUACCAAGACGCCUGCACCAGUCUUGUUGAUCGACAAGAACGAAUUGAGGAGGUCGGAGAGCAAAUCGAGGAGCAACUCGAACUCACCGGCGCCACAGCCAUCGAGGAUAAGCUGCAGAAGGGCGUUCCAGAGGCGAUCGACAAGCUAAGACGCGCAAACAUCAAGUUAUGGAUGCUGACUGGUGACAAACGUGAGACCGCGAUCAAUGUUGGCCACUCCUGCCGCCUGGUCAAGGACUACUCAACCCUCGUGAUUCUUGACCAGGAGACGGGCGAUGUGGAGGAGUCAAUUGCGAAACUGACCGCGGAUAUCAUGAAUAAGCUGGUGGCGCAUUCUGUGGUCGUGGUUGACGGACAGACCUUGUCAAUGAUUGAAGCUGAUGAACCUCUAUGCGCGCGGUUCUUCAACCUCGCCAUCCUGGUUGAUUCUGUUGUCUGCUGCCGUGCCAGUCCCAAGCAAAAGGCAUUCCUGGUCAAGUCAAUUCGCCAGCAGGUCAAGGACUCGGUUACUUUGGCAAUUGGUGAUGGUGCCAACGACAUUGCUAUGAUCCAAGAAGCUCAUGUUGGUAUUGGUAUCACCGGAAAGGAAGGUCUCCAGGCUGCGCGAAUUUCGGACUACUCGAUCGCCCAGUUUAGGUUCUUGUUGAAGCUGCUUCUUGUUCACGGACGCUGGAAUUAUAUUCGCGUGUGCAAGUACACGCUGGGAACGUUCUGGAAGGAAAUGCUGUUCUACCUCACUCAGGCUCUUUACCAACGAUGGAAUGGGUACACGGGAACUAGUUUGUACGAGUCCUGGGGCCUGAGCAUGUUCAAUACCCUGUUCACUUCCCUGGCCGUUAUUUUCUUGGGCAUCUUCACCAAGGAUCUUUCCGCCUCUACGCUUUUGGCUGUGCCCGAGCUCUAUACCAAAGGACAGCAACACGGUGGCUUCAACCUCCGGUUAUACCUUGGCUGGGCAUUUAUGGCUACCUGCGAAGCAAUGCUCGUAUUUUUUGUCAUGUACGCUCUCUUCGAAAAUGUGUUGUUCACCAGCACAGGAAGCGAUAUUUUCUCCGCCGGUCUUGUCACGUAUACAGCUUGCGUUGUCAUCAUCAACACCAAACUCCAGGCUUUGGAAGUCCACAAUAAAACCUACUUGUCUGCGGUUGUGUUCGCCAUCUCAGUCGGCGGCUGGUUCUGCUGGAACUUGAUUCUAUCAAAACAGUACAACCUCAAGUCCGGAAAGGGAGUCUACUACGUCCCCUCGAACUUUAUCUCCCACUCUGGCCGCGACCUCGCCUUCUGGGCUGUUCUCUUUGUCACGGUAGUCGCCGCAAUCGUCUUCGAGGUCACGGUUAGCGCCAUCCGAGCCAGUCUGUUCCCCACCGACGUAGACAUCUUCCAGGAAUACGAGCAGGACCUCGAGAUUCGCAAGCGGUUUGAAGAAGCGGCUGCCUCGGAACUCCAACAGGGCUGGGAUCACGGCAAGAAGAAAUCCAGCUUCGAGAUUGCGCGUGAGGAAGCGGAGAUGGAAGCCCGUGAGAGACAAGUGCAGGAACUCCUUUCCCGGCCCCGCGUUAUGGAUACCAAGAUGGAUUCAGAGUACACCGAGUCCGCAAUUGGAGAACCAAGCAGUCAUCAUCGUCAUUAUCUCCAAGUGACUGAGGUGACUGACGACGACGACGAAACGACAAAUAACAACGCCACCCUGCGACGAUCCGUGGAUAUGCAUGAAUUAUUUACGAAGGGAUUUGGAGCGGUCCGAAAGGGACGAUUACGAUGA